CUCUGGUUGCUCUGGAGAAGAGACUCUCCACACUUUGCGGAGCUGUUGCUCUCACCUCAGCCAGCCGAGAAGAUGAGCGGAUCCGUGUCUGGGCUUCCUCUGCGGCGGUUCGUCCUCCAUGCUUCAGUCUGAAGAAGUUCAUUUGGGCUGAUGUUUCCCCUCCGAGCGUCAUUUCGGAGAGAAUGCGUCUUCUCGUUUUUGCGACUUUAUUUGGAGUCCUUCUCGACGCAGGAGAUGCUCUUCAGAUCCAGUGCUACCAGUGUGAGGAGAUGAAGCAGAAUGACUGCUCCACGCCAGAGUACAUCGUCAACUGCACCGUCAAUGUUCAGGACAUGUGCCAGAAGGAGGUGCUGGUCAAACCCGAUGGAAUUCAUUAUCGGAAGUCCUGCGCCUCCUCUGGGGCUUGCCUCAUCGCCUCCUCUGGCUACCAGCAGUUCUGCACCGGCAGGCUGAACUCAGUGUGCAUCUCCUGCUGCAACACCCCGCUCUGCAACGGGCCCAGGAGGAAGCGCCCCGUCCCUUCGGCGGCGAUGUCCAACCGGGUUGUUCUCCUCUUCCUGACCUUCGCCCUGCCGCUGCUCACGCUCCUCCCUGUGACGUAGACUGAGGACACCAUCGCGUCUCUGCUAUUCACCUUGGAGCUGCGAUCACUGCCGCCAGACCCUGAAGGAGCAGAUUUGGACACCACACUGGCUUUGUAUCGUCUCAGCGUCGAGAGAAACUGUUAAUCUGAUCGAUGCGACGCCGUAACCACUGAGGAUGACACUUGAAACCCGGAGAGGUGGAAUCACCAGAUAAGGACCAUCCGGUCUGCAUCUCUCAAAUUUAUUUGCUUUUUGUGAAGUGGAGCGUUUCUGCUCCGAGGUUAUGUUCACGCUACACGUGGACGUCGUUGUCUUUUAGCUUUUAUUUUGUGGGCUUCUGUUGGUCGAUGGUUUGAAGCAGCGCCGUACGUUUGCUUUCUUGUCAAUGCUGCUGUUGCUGUAGAAUCUAAAGGGUUCCUGAGGUCUCUCGCAGCACAUUAAUUAUCAUAUAUAUAUGCAUAUUUUCCACUGCCGUACAGUAUUGAUUGACAUUUUACUACUUGGAAUAUGAGAGAUGCUGAAAUGGAUUUGGAAAACCUAUUUGUGUUAUUGCUUAUUAAUCCUCGCUCAUAAGAUUUAAAAGUGGAUACUGUCGGAUAAGACGCUGAGAUGUAUUAAUAUUCCAUAUAUUCCUUUGUGAAAUGAGGCUAUUUGAGCUACAAUGAGAUAUAAAAAGUAUAUUACAUAGACACAGAAUGAGAACAAGCUAUAAGCACAAAUACAUUCUCCUUUUCCUUUCUAUUAGAAUUUAAAAUAGUUCAAUAUAUCCCCAAAUCGUAGCUUGCAUGUUGCCAAUGCUGUCGACCAAAUACUGUAUUCACUAAUCAACACCAAUGAAAAUAAAUCUGGCUCUCUGUAUGAAUUAGGCAUUUUGUCCAAAUCAGUUUAUAUUUCCAUCCAAAUGAUUUAUUUAUCUAUUUAUUUCAUGACUCCUGUUUAUGUAUUAGUUUUAAUCCGUACAGUAUUCUAUUUAUAUGUAGUGAAUGUGCUGUAAACAGUUCUCUAACUGUAUUUUAAUGCCACACGCGACUUUAUUAAUGGUUAAGUACGUUGGCAAGUACGUUGACGCUUCUGGACACGGAAAGAUAAAUGUCCAUGGCACUUGAUUGAUCUUCUGUGAAGAGUGUAUUCUGCUGAUAUGUGAUGUAAAUAAAUGUUGCAGUGAAGCCGACCUGUCGAGUGGCUCCGCGGCUCGUACGUCGUCGGUCCAGCUGUGAAGUCGUAGCUUCAUGUUCCAGUAAAGCAAAAUGUAAUUUAGUCCUGAUGAAGCAGUUGUUGGUUUUCAGGGGAACGUUGCAUUCUCAUGAAUUAUUCAAUUAAGCUUUAAAAACCAUGUAACUUUCUUUGCUUUCCUGUCAACAAAUAGAACAUGUUGCUGACUUGUUGGGAAAAGACUCUCCAGAUUAUGCUACCAAUUAAUUAGAAGAACUUAAUUGGACGUAUCCCAAUGAGUCUCCAUUUUCCCUAAACAGCAAUUAGUAUUAAAUGAGGUCCUUUCAAGCUACGUUGAAGUUGCUUUUUUAUUAAAGUCUAUUUAUUGUUAACAGCUUUCCCUUCAUGAUGAAACCAAUAAAAAGCCACAUGUCCAUCAGGUGCAAACUGUUCAACACACGAAGCAGAAUAUUUCAUUUUGCAAAAAGGAAGAAGCUGAAACAUUUUCUCUGCAACAACCUCCGCGUGCUGUGCAGCCUUUCCAACCCUACGGCUCCACAUUAGAAUUCACCUCAGCCUCCAUAUCAUGCAUAAACUUUAGGGAGCUUGGGGGGGAGGCGAUGACUUUAUCUGACUCUGGGAAAUGAAACCCAACGCUGCUGGUGAUGUUCCCUGGGAGGUUGUUUGGGCCUAAAAGUUCUCCCCGUGUCUUUAACCUUCACACAGCCACGCUAAGGACGGCGUGGAUCCAGUUUGUUUUAUUAAAUUAGCUCCAUCUCAGUAUGCUACCAUCACUCAUCACCCAUCUAUUGAUUGUUUGUGCAUUGUGCAACCUCUGUGUGUUUCUAAAUGAGCAUGCACAUACUGCUUUUAAUGCAUUAUUGAGUAGAAAGGAACAAAUUCCACAUUUCUUAUUCUUGAGUCUACCUGUGUGCAUUUUCAAUUAUUAAAAAAUAUACACUGCCAGCCUGCAAUGGAACAGACGAUUCAGGUUGUGUCAGAAUGAGCAGUGAAUGCAGAUUGCACAUAAUCCACUCUGUACUACACCUGUUUCACAAUGCCUGUUUUUGUCUUGUGGCAGAUUCCGCAAAAAUCCAGCUAAUUCAGCAAAAUCAGAUAUGAGAAACGGGCGAUGAUGGACUUGUAAGCGCCAUAAUAAUGUUUCCAAGUAACCAUUUUCAAUUAUCUCCACGACAAUUGUGCAUUGUUGGAGGCACAAUAGAGCAGCUCCCACUGGACGCGUCCUGCAGUCCAGAGUAACAUUUACAAUAACUCUGCAGAACGAUGAGAAAUAUAUUUCAAACACAGCUACGUUCAGCUCAAAAUGAACAAAUCAGAUGACUUUAGUGUUUUGAUAUGAUGGAGUUAAACCUCACUUGUGCUUAAACUUUAAGGUCUAUUCGCAGCAAAAGCCUCCUGCAGUGUGAGGGUGCUCCUGUGUGACAGAGCAUCAUUAAGCCUGAACACAGAGGAGGAGGAGGUGGAAGGAGUCAGGACUGACGAAGGUGAAGUGCAGACUGCAGAUCUCUCAGGAUUAAGAAGCAGCAAAAACGGGAGAUUAUUAAAAAUAAUAAGGCCCACCUCUGCCUUGCUGUAAUGACGUGCGUGCAGCCACAGUCACAUUAGGGCUCUGGCAGUGGAAAUACUUCAGUUGAUGAGGGACCUCAACUCAUCUACUUUGUUUACUGUGUAGGCCAAGUGUAUUGGAUAUGAUCCGUUCUGCUGUGGGUGGGGAUGUUUUUCAGGGCAGUUCGCAGGACUAACAGUGGACAAGAUCAAAAACCUCCAGAGAGUCAAUUACCCUCACAGCUAUAUAUAGAUACUGUACAUCAUACAACAACUAGUCCAUUUAAUCCCAUUUAUUUGCAUUAAAUAUUAUUCAUGAAUCAAAUGUAUUAACCGCAUCAAUAGGUCUAUUUUUAUUAUACCUUAAAUACAAAUUCAUUCCCGUAAGUAGCCAAUAAAGAAAAGUAAACACAAUUAAAUACCUCCCCCCCCCAAAGUUACAGCGGUGCAAAGGGGAAAUUAAUCUGCGGCUGUGGGAAAGUUAACAAGCACGAGUGUUAAAUACAUUGCACCUCUGCAAGAAGCAGAGAAAUAAAAGAGAACUGGCUGGAAGAAUGGUUGUAAAAUCCCCUUGUUACUCCCAUUGUUCGAUUACAGGAGGAGGGUUUAUUAGAUGUGUUGGUGGACCGUUGCUUGAAACAUUUUGUAUGUUGUUACAAUAAGUGACGGGCUCAGUGCUCUCUGUUGUUUCUUUCAAACGAGAGCACUGGUGCCCUCUAGUAUUCAAAACAGUGACGCACAGGGAUGUUAAGCACUUGCAGAAACUGGCAGCUGAUUUUUCAGUUUUACACUCUCCCUGUUAUCUCUCGGUGUUAUAGUUCACUUGUUUUUAUUCCUCCCACUAUUCAAAUUCAUGAAGAUAAAAGCGUUAUAAAUAAAGUGUAUUCUUAUGUGACUGGA